UUAGGCCGGGAGACUUGGAUUCAGAUGGACGUUCGUUUCUGGCGAGGACAUGCAGUCUGUAAACCGCGCCCCUUUACUAUAAAAUGAUUUUUUAUUGUGCUUGUAUUGCAUUCCUGGAAUAAAACGAACCCCGAAAUGUGCACCACCGGUGAAUUUAGCUGGAUUGUCUCAUACAGAUCUUUAUCAUAAUAGACGAGUAAACAUACAUUGAAGGGAUAUGCAAAGCAAAUUGACUUGGAAAUAAAAGUACAGUACAAAGCCCGCUUUGGACGAGGACAAUGGCCUUUUCGGACUUGCUGUCUGUAACCUCACAGAGUGGUCUUGGGGAGUAGUGGCCUCAGCUAUAAAGUCAAAAAAAUUACUGCGAAAACUGGACCUGAGUUACAAUGACUUGCAGCACUCUCGUAUGGAUCUGAUCUGUGAUGGGUUGUGUAGUCAAAGCUGUAAACUGAAAAUCUUGAGGCUAAAUCAAUGGAAUGUUGUUCAGCUUUGGAGUCUGUUCUUGGCUCAACCUCAUCACACCUGAGAGAGCUGGACCUGGGUGGCAAUGAUUUACAAGAUUCGGGUGUGAAACUGCUCUCUGCUGGACUACAGAAAUUGGACACUUUGAUGAUGUCAUCCUGUGGCAUCAAAGAGGAAGGCUGUGCUUCUUUGGCUUCAGCUCUACGUUCAAACCCUUCAUACCUGAGAACGCUAGUACUCUGUGACAAUAACCUGCACAAUUCAGGAGUGAAGCUGCUCUCUGCUGGACUGGGGAGUAAACAUUGUGAACUGGAGACACUGAGGCUUUCUGGCUGUCUUGUCUCAAUGGAAGGAUGUGCUUCUCUGGCUUCAGCUCUGAGGUCAAACCCCUCACACCUGCGAGAGCUGGAUCUGAGCUACAAUCACCCAGGAGACAGAGGAGUGAGACUGCUCUCUGAUGUACUGGGCGAUCCAUUCUUCAUACUAAAUGUGGAACACAAUGAAGAGUGCUACUUAAAACCAGGCCUGAAAAAAUGCCUGUGCGCUCACACUGGACCCUAACACAGCACACAAAACGCUCUCUCUGUCUAACAACGAACUGUGACAUGGGAGGAUGAUGAUCAUCUAUGUUUGCCUCACACAGAGAGAUUUAAUGACUGUCCUCAGGUGCUGUGUAGAGAGGGUCUGACUGGGUGCUGUUACUGGGAGGCAGUGUAGUGGGAAAGGGUUUCAUGUAGGUGUGGCAUAUAAACACAUGAGCAGGGUUGGAAAAGGGCAUAACUGUUUGCUUGGUUACAAUGACAAAUCCUGGAGCCUAAGACUCCUCAACCACGGUUUCCUCAAACUCUCUGUCUUGCACAAAAAUGAGCACACGGUCAUACCUGCCCCCUCUUCCAGCACUGACAGAGUUGGGGUGUAUCUGAACUCCUUACAAGGCAUUCUGUCCUUCUACCUAGUCUACUCUGACACUCUGACCCACCUCCACACAUUCCAGUCCACCUUCACUGAACCACUUUAUCCAGCAUUUUCAGUCAAUGACUAUUCCUCAGUGUCACUGUGUUAGGUCUUAAAUUGGCCUAGAGAAAAGGAUUAUGUUGAAUGUUUACUAAUAAACUGCUGUACUUCUGAGUCCAUGAUAGAGAUGGAGUCUAGACCAUAUCCAGUUGACCAAUACAUGGAAAUACUCCAUAUUAUCCAUAAUUGUUUGAACUCUUUCCCCCCCAGUACACUGCAAAAUUAUAAACAUUUGAAUGUUUUUGAAAGAACCUGGAUUCCCAAUCUGAGGUCCUACUGUAUAUGAACUGCAUACUUAUGCAAUAUAGUGGUUGAAAGUUUGACCUAUUCUGUAUGAUAUGUUGCGUUCAGCUACAAGGGGAACUUCUCCUUAGCUUUUUUUUCUGUACAUUGUUCUCAGGGUUCGGGUAUUUUUAUUUUUGAGUAAUAAUGGAAAUACAUUUUAUCAAACUAUUACAUGUACAAUAUGUAUGACUGUGGUCUUGUGUUGUGUAUUAUAAGAAAUGUUCAAAUGUGUUUUUAUAUGAAGGAUUCCUUAAGCUCCUAACCCCAACAUGUUUUCUACUUUCAUCCCACCAGUCCAUCCACACUCUCAACCCUGAAGGGUGGACCAUUAGGCAUACACACUCGCCCUCAGGGCAGGAGAGAAAGGGAGAAGAGUGUCAGACUGUGCUCAUAAGAUCUUUUCAGAGCUGAUCUGACUGGUCAAAAGACUAAUUUAGUGAGAUUUUUUUAAUAUCAGAAUUAGGCUCCCUGUCUGAACACUGCUUAAGAUGUACACUAAACAUCACACACAGAGAUAGAGAAGCUGACAUCUGAAGUCAGCCAUGCUUGACUUAAACCGCACCAUCUGUCUCCAACUUUUAAUGAGACACCCAGAAGAGAGGAGAGAUUAGAGAAUAGUAGACUACAGCGCUUCUCCAAGGUAAUGGUCUACUGGGUAUUGUUACCACAUAGUGCAUAGAGGAAGGAAGCCACAGACAAGAGAGAGCAGAAAUCCCUGGCCUUUUGUAUCAGUUUCAUUUCUUGGUUGGUUUGGCAAUCGUGCUCUAGCAGAGAACCUAGCUUUACCUAGGGGUGCACACACUGCAUCCUGAAUUUGAAGGUACAAUUUUUGCUGACUGAGCCUUCAGGAUGUUGAAGUAAAAACAUCUUCUGGCGCCCUCCGCUGACCACUAUACACUAUGACAUCUGCCUGGUGCCAACAACUCAUGACAGGACUCACUCGUUUAAAGUCAUGUUUACUUUUUUUCUGAUAAAUCAGAUGUUCAGAGUAAAAGCAGCCAUGUGAUAUUGUCAGUGGUAUUCAGGAUCCUUGACAUCCCUACCCUAAGAAUAAUCCUUACCUAAACCAUCUUAAAUUUCCAUUUUGAAUGCACCAAUUUGUAAGUCGCUCUGGAUAAGAGCGUCUGCUAAAUGACGUAAAUGUAAAUGAGGUUGGGAUGUCCCAAGGAUAGCAUGUGGGUACUACAGCAGUCCAUGCUAAUGAUGCAUGUUUUAUAAUAGAGUAUCAUGGUCUCAUUAAAACAAGGAAAAUAUAAUUAUAUAUGAACAUAUCCAAGUAUCACACCGAUGCAGAAACAAAGACAGGCACUCACCACCAGAUCAGAUUUAUAGGCCCAGUACUGAGAGGUUUGAAGUGAUAACUCUGAAUUACCAGAUAGUCAUUGGAGUGCUAUUAGACCACAGCUUCUGCAGCUAGCUAGGCUAUACCACAUCACAUGGAUUAGAUUAACCUUCAAGUCAAAUUACCUGGCUAUAGGCUUUGAUAUUAUACAGAGCUAGUAGUUUCCCAUUCAUUUGUGCUAAAAACUGAAAUGACAGCCUUUUAAUAUGGAACAAAAAUAUAAACACAAUUUGUAACGUGCUGAAAUAAACUAUUCCAGAAUCAUUCCAUAAGCAUAAAAAGCUCAUGUCUCUCAAAUUUCGUGCACAUAUUUGUUUACAACCCUCUUAGUGAGCAUUUCUCCUUUGCCAUGGUAAUUCUUUCACCAUAUCAAUAAGAUGAUUAAAACAGCAUGUUCAUUACAAAGGUGUACCUUGUGCUGGGGACAAUAAAAGGCCACUCUUAAAUGUGUAUUUUUGACACAAUGCCAGAUUUGUCAAGUUUCGAGGGAGCUUG